AUUUUUUAUAGAGCUGUAUACAUAAACAUUUUAUUGCGGAGUUGUUUCUCCACUUGGCCGCUGGGUGUCGCUGUUUCUCGGCGGCACCAGUGCUCAGUGUCCCGCCCACUCCCGCGGAUAUACAGCCUCCCCGUGUCCGCUGCUUCCUCCUCUUCAACCACCGCCAUUGUGGUGAAAGGACUGUGUGGCAAAAUGGCGUCGCACAAGACUUUCAGGAUUAAGCGCUUCCUCGCCAAGAAGCAGAAGCAGAACAGACCGAUUCCGCAGUGGAUCCGAAUGAAGACUGGCAACAAGAUCAGGUACAACUCCAAGAGGCGUCACUGGAGAAGGACCAAGCUCGGCUUGUAAAUCCACUACUCGCCACCUCAGCUUUGCCUGCAUCUUCAUCCUGCCAGCACUACCAACUCAGCCCAGAUCAGGAGAGAAGCUAUGCUAUGUGCAACAGUAGAGACUCUCUUUUGUACAGACGCUCUGGAAAAGUUCUUGUGGAAGAAUAAAUGAUUUGGCAACCACCAAGAAA